CGACGUUUAUGAUUCGAUGAGAUACUCAGACCAAAAAUUCUCCCCCUAAACUCCCCAAUAGAAAUAUCGCGAUACCAACGGUCAGACCCCGUCGCGCCGCCGCCUCGUCCUUCAUAAACUUCGUCACAGCCGUCGGAUGCGGUUAGUGGAGGUCGGCGUCGUAGCGACAUUUACUUUCGCCGCAAGAAAGAGAGAAGUGCAGAACAGGGGUCGACCGCCGCUUGCUAUUAGAGAAACCCCCGAGAUCGGCGAUGGUAGAGGGAGAGAUAGUCCUUCUCAACGAGGUGAUUUAUCCGAUCCUCAGUAACCCUAGGUAAUUUGAAUUUGGGACGAUUUGGGUUGAAUUGGGGGUUUGUUUGGUGUUAGAUGAUGUUGUUUGAACGAUCGAUGCAGAAAUUACUCGUUUAUCUUUAACUGAUCGGGGGACUUGUGGUGCUGAUUGCUGUUUUUAGUGCUAAAUUCCAGGAAUUGAUAUCAAGCAACACCUGUUACGGUGAAAAUGGUUGCGGAGUUGAUAAAUGCUAACCCUGUGGUAUAUGAGAGGAAAGAGAGACGGGUUCAUAAACUGCCAGCAGUUAUAGAUGAAUAUGCACAAGAGCCCAUUGAUCAGCAAGAAAUAUUUGAUCAUAUUAGAGAUAUAAAGGAUCCAGAACACCCAUACUCUUUGGAGCAGUUGAAUGUGGUCACUGAUGAUGCCAUUGAAGUGAACGACGAGAAGAGUCAUGUUAGGGUCACUUUUACUCCGACAGUGGAGCAUUGCAGUAUGGCAACUAUUAUUGGGCUUUGCCUACGUGUAAAACUCAUACGCAGUCUUCCAUCUCGUUACAAGGUAUGCUGUCCAGCGGUGGAUAUAAGAAUUGCGCCUGGAACCCAUGCAACUGAAGCAACUGUGAAUAAGCAAUUGAAUGACAAAGAACGGGUCGCAGCAGCAUUGGAAAACCCUACCCUGUUGGAAGUAAUCGAGGAUUGCUUGUCACCCACAUUUGCCUGAUGCCUGGACUGCAGCGGGUCUGUUAUCGACUACUGCGCUCAUUGUCAUGCUUUGCAGUCAGUCUGUACUGAUAACGGAAUCUGAGUGAUAUAGGGUGGCCUACACUUUCCCAGAGUGCAGUGCAAAGUUGUUUAUGGGUAAUUUUGGUGUGCUCGCUAGAAAAAAGGAGUUUCGGCAACAAGUAUUUUGCUGGAUUAGGUUGACAAUUCGUUAAUUGUUGGGUCAACGUUAUUUCCUAGCUUUCUGGAUUAUGAAUAGAUUGUGAAUAACAGGGAAAUGGAAAGCAACGGUGGAGAAAAAUUUUUGGUGCUUCAUUCA